GAAGAAUCAAGGUUGCCAUUCCUAUCAAAAGCGUCCUGCUUUACGCAUAAAACAACAACAAUGCACCUCGCUAUAAAAACCUUUACAAACUUUCUCACAUGUUCAAAUGCCCAUUUCAAAGGCCACAUCCUAGAUCCCCGUCUCAUGGGCCGAACCUCUACCCGCCACUGGUGGAACCGGGAACUCACACCCGAACGCCAAACAGCCCUGCACAUCAUGCGCAUCGUCAUGACCACGCAAUACAAGUAUCGAUAUGUUUAUGCUGGGAUUUUGCGUGUGUGUUUUCGGAAUCCUGUUAUGAGGCGAUUGGCUCCGUUAUUUUAUUUGGGAGGGGAUGCAGCUGUGAUAUGUCAGCAUCUAUCCUAUUUGACAGACCAAGGCGAAAAGCUCAACACGGGGGCGUACAGAUCAUGCCUUCAGCUUCAAGAUUUUUGUGAUACCAUCAUGGAUCUAUUUGAGCAUCUCGUCCCGCUUGCAGAGCAGGCGACACAUGGCGUCCCCUCUCGCAUGGAAUGUUAUCAAGCGUUACGGAAAUGCCGGCAUAUUGGCCCCAUGAUCGCCAUGUUGGCUUCAGGCGAUAUGGUAUUCUAUGGGCUUGUGGAUUCAAGCAACAUUUCUCUACCACUAUCCAAAGGGUUGGGGAUGGGUGCGAAAAAAGGCCUUGAAAGGCUCGGAGUCCCUAUGAACCAGUUGGUCAAAUUUCAUAAACUGGUCCUCCAAGCCAUGCUGGAAGUCUCAAAAAGGAUGCAAUGGCCUUGAAUAGCAUCGUCUUUGAGCAUAGCCUUUGCAAGUACUAUCGGUACUGCAAACUACCCGUUCGAAAAUCAAAGAUUCCUCAGUGAACCCAAAAACUGUAAAGUAUGACCAUUAGUGUAGAUCAAGCCAAGUCUAUUAAAGACGACCAGUAUCCACUACAGUGUA